CCUUUGAUACAUGUGGACGAAGUCUCCAGCGCUGUAAAGGGUUGCUGCUACGCUAUUCCAACCAACGGCGCCAGAGAGCAUGGUGAGGAGAGUUAACCACAGUCUUGCUCAUUAUACUUACUCCCAUGAUCAGGCUUGAGCCAAUGGAGAGCGACUGGCAUUACUAGAAUACUGAUAUCUCUGAGAGGUCUGGAUUCAGGCAGAGACGAACUGCGGGAAAGCGUUAGCACAGCAGCACUGGACCACCAUGUCGCCCAAGAAACUAGCUGCGGCGGAAUGCAUGUUGAUGAUGCUGACAUUGUUCACCUCAUUUCAUUCCACACUGAAUUUGGUCCAAGAUAGACCUCGCUGUGCAGCCAUUGGUCGCAUCAAGGCGACUUUUGUCGCUGAUCGGGGCGACGGAGUGCUGCGUUACGCCUCAUGGACGGGGUUCAACGCGACUUCUCGAAUCCGACUGGAAGCUGGAAGGAGCCUGUACGCACGGUUUGACUUCCCGGCCGAGUGCAAUAUCACCGUGACGGAAAUAACCGUUUCGUCCCCUGGAUCCUGCAACUAUAGUCUCUACGCACUGGAGGAUAACGAGAAUGGGUUUGAUCGCGUGUAUCCUGUUGUUCACACGCGAGAAAGAGUUACGGUCAGUGCGAAUGAUGUCAGCGGUGUUGCAGACGUGCACACAUUUGAUCUACUCCGCUUUUCACUGUCAUCGUUGCUGGCGUUUCAGCUAAACGUAGCUGUGAGCAGCACUUCCAACUACUCCUGCGAUAUCCCCGUCACUUACAGGGGAGAGCCGUACAUCUCCGUGCUUUCACAAGACAUCGACGAAUGCAGUAUGGCCCGCAAUCCUUGUUCAUCACCAAGCACAGCGUCUGUAGACCAUAUUGAGCAGUGUAGAAAUACUUACGGGUCGUUCACGUGCAACUGUUCCAAUGGAUACGCAAGCGGUGGAAAGACCUGCAUAGGAGAACCGGCUGAAGGCAGUCGCACAAGUGAUACAAUUGUAACGCCAUUUGUAACCCACAUAAUGCGUCAUAGCAAGGGCCAAACUGUCACAGAGCCAGCUAUCAGCAGAAACCCAAUGCCAACAUCUGAGACCCGAGUAGGCAGAGUAGGUACAUCUUCCAGGGUAACUGCAGUAACAUCCUCUACCCCACAACAUGAGAGCCACGCAGAGAGCAGCAGCAGCCGGACACCAGAGCUCAGCAAUACGCGUACACUGCACCAAACACCUGAGGAUAGCACGCCAAGUACUUCCUCCCACAGAACUGGAGAUGGCCAUGAUCACAUGCGCACUGAAGCAACGCCAAUACCAUCACAUGGCGGUACAAGCCUGGAGGAUGAAGGCCAGAGUUCAGUCUUGACAACUGCCAUCUCCAAAUCUACCUCCGGUGUAGGGUCCCAGGGUAAUCCCAGCAUCACGCGCACAUUACGUCAAACGACUGAGAUUCGCAAGCCAAGUAAUACUAUGAUCACAGCUUCCUCUAAUAGAAUCGGAGAUGGCCAUGCUAAAAUUCGCACCGACGCAACACCAAGACCACCACAUCCCAAUACAAGCCUGGAGGAUGAAGGCCAGACUUCGGUCGUGACAACCGCCGUCUUGAAAGCUGCCUCCAGCACCAGUGUAGGGUCUCAGGAGCCAUACAUACCAUCAUCCACUUUGGGAGAUACCGCUGUGGCUGGAAUUGCGAUUGGCACUGUGAUAGCCUUGGCGUUGAUUGGCCUUCUUAUCCUCCAGAUCAUGCGAAUGCGAAAGCCAUAUUCCAACUCCUCGCCUCUUCGAAACAGAUCAGCAGUGAGAACAGAUGGCCGCGGCAUUACAGUGCCAUCAGCACACGGAGCAAACACAGCAGCCCACCUGUCCUUCAUAAGUAUGAGCGCCUCAACAGCACGCCAGAGUAAUGUCUACACUGAGACCGAAAUGGAGCUGUCGCAUUUGAACCGAAGCCCAUCGCCUCGGUACUAUGAAGAGUGCUUAGCUGUAUCGUUGCCAUCACACUACGACGUGCCCAAGGCUGCCUGUGCUGUUGCGCAUUGCUCCGAUUCUAUUGUGGAUGUUCAGGCCAGAUACAGCCGUGUCAGUCAUUACGAUGUUCCCAAAGCUUCCCAGCAGCUGGAAUCUCCAGGAAGCACACUGCCGGGAAACACCUAUUCAGUUCCCAAGACUAUCUCUGACUCUUCGCUAUGUCCAGGUCCCAAUGAUGUGUAGAUAUUGCGCGACUAUCUCCGACACUGCGUUACAUUCAGGUGCUAAUGUUGUGUAGAUAUCACACGACAAUCUCCGACACUACGUUUUAUUCAGGUCCUAAUGUUGUGUAGAUAUCACACGACAAUCUCUGACACUACGUUAUAUUCAGGUGCUAAUGUUGUGUAUAUAUCACGAGAUUGCCUCUGUCACUACGUUACAUUCAGGUUCCAAUAUUGUGCAUAUACCAUACAACUAUUUUCGAUACUACGUAACGUUCGUUACAUUCAGGUCAAAAUAUCACAGGACACAUUCAGGACACUUUGUGAUAUCUAGGCUUUCAUGCUGUGUGGACAUGGCAGGUGGACAUCGCAGUUCCCUGGUUACUGUUCACCGCACAGUGUUUGCACUUUGUGCAUGUAUGUUGGCUCUUUGCUGUGAACAGUUGUUUCAUGCCGUUGUUCAUUAAUAGAUUGAGAUUCUGAGGCCAGGAGUCUUGCCCAGUGUAGAUUUCCGGGAGAAUAUUCUUUCGAAGUAGAUAUUUUCCUGCUCCUCCAAUAAACAUUGCAAUCCGUCAU